AUGGGGGUGGGGAAAAAGGAAGGCGAGGACCGCCUAAGAAACUUGGCUCAGCAGCCAGAGACUAUUUCCUCCCAAUUCUCCGGCUGCCAAUCCAAACUGUUCUGCAGAGGGCCAGUGCAUACUGGGGAGAGAGGCUGCUUAUUUCUCUUCAUCUGCUGGACCAGGAGAGAUUCCUCCGGACGGAGCCUCUGAAACUAUGCUUUGCAUUUGGCCUCUGCUUUUUAUUUUAAUGCUGAAUGGACAAGGAUUGGUUGCUGCUGAUCCUGUCACUGAUCUCCCAGGGAGUUUGGAGCAGAAUGACUGGUGUGAUGAACACAAUACAAUUCAUAAGCGCUUAGAUACUAUCCAAGAGGUGGAAAAGACGGUUGAUCUUCUUGACUCUGAAGUCAAGUCCCUGCUGAACACCAUAAGUGAAACUGCAUGGAAUGUUCCUCUUGCUCCUGGAACUCCCUUGGUGGAUAUCUUUGAAGAUACCAGCUGAGCUUCAAGACAACGGACCAAAGGAACAGACUGUAAUAUCUAUAUACCUAUAUCUCCCACCUGCAUAAUUAACCCAUAUUGCACUCUUUCAUAAGCUUCCAGACCAGACAGAUGUCUUCAGACUUGGGAUGGGGAGUAUUCCAUCACAAGUUAUUCUGUGUUACGAUCUAAUCAUACUGACGCAGAAUACCAAGAGAGAAGUUUUCUUCCCACCUAUCCUGAAGAUUUAGAGACUCCUAAAAUUGUCGUAAAAGAAUCCUCAUGGCAAGGACCCCCGCGGAGAAGUUAAAUGUCCCAGAAGGUCCAGCCGUC